AUGACUUUUAAAGUCUUCUUUUUUGUUUUCCUCAUCAAUUCGAUCAUUUCAACGGGAACAAAUGAUAUGGAUUCGAUCUUUCAGCAAAUGUUGAAUACAGGCACUGCUACUGCAGCAACAACUGCCCGAUCACCGACUGUGCAAACGGUUUCCUCAAUCAAUGAUUGGCCGGCCAUAAAUGGGACCUCAAAUGUGACAAGCUCCAAUUCCACUGGGGACUCAAAUGGAGGGACAACAACACUUAGUUCAAUCAUCGGAACCAAUGGGGAAAACUCUACAAGCAGUGGAAAUGUCACGGUUACUCUUGAAACUAACACAGGCUCUAACAGUUCUACAACUGUUUUUGCGUCCAAUGACCCUCCAGUUUUGACUACAGUUGCUUCGAUAGGCACUGUCACUGGGUCGAAUGCAACUGAGAGCUCAGUGAACAACUCAACUGUGGUUCCAAGUACAUCGGCUGCUUCAAAUUCUACAGUGAUCCCAGUCACCUCUUCAAAUGUAAUCCUUGAGGAUCAGUUUGCUAAUGCAACAAGUUCUGGAAACUCUUCUGCAACCUUGACAACUGUUGCUUCUGAUAACUCUGUUGAUUCAAAUUCAACUGACCUGGCCACAACCUUGAGCAGCUCAACCAUUGCUGAUUUCAGCUCCAAUACUACCGUAAUCCCUCCAUCGGCCACCACUUUGAACUCUACUGAAGCUGGAAAUAGUAGCUCAACUGUUACCGUAGCGAGCUCCAAUUCUACAAUCUUAUCGUCAGUGACGGACAGCCCAGCUGUUAAUUCAACGCUUACAACUGACUCGAAUUCCACAUUGAUUCCAGCUACCACUCAAACACCAACUGUCAACUCUACAAUUGAAGCAUCAACAAAUGAAACCUUAACUUCUCAAACAUCUGUAGCCAAUUCUACAGUAACUUCUGCCACCAUUGCUUCAAACUCAACCGAGCUACCAACUGUUGAUCCAACAAACUCAACAACCGAAAUUCCCAGCUUAAAUGUAACUACGGUUUCUCCGAACAUAUCAAUUAAUGAAACAAGUUUAACCACUCAAACACCAGUCUCUAAUUCUACAACUAGUGCAGGUAAUGAAACUGUUAUUACCACAAUGGCUUCGACCUCAAACUCUACCACUGCAUCGACAAAUGAAACAUCUGUUACAGUGUCACCGACAAACUCAACUGAGUCAACUGGCUCUGAUGGAGCAAUGAGUACCACUCUGUCAUCAAUUCUUAGCACCACAGUCACUUCUACAAAUGAGACUACAAUGUUGCCUAACAAUUCUACAAUUGGGUCUAACAGCACUGAUGUUGGAAACUCGACAAGUUCACCCAUUCCAACAACAGCCUUUCAAUUUCCGUUUACAAUUCCUCCGGCUAUCACUAUACUACCGGAAACUGAUAAUGCCACUACUCAGUCGUCUGUUGAAUCUACUGUUUCUGGAAAUGUUACAAAUGAAGUCACUCUUGAGCCUUCAAACUCAACGAUUUCCCAGAAUUCUGAUUCUACAACUGUUUCUGAAAGCAUUGAAACGGUUACUACUUUGUCACCAACAAACUCCACUGAUCUUUCUUCAACUACGAUAUCGGAUUCUUCAAUGAACACCACAACUCUUGCAAGCAAUGAAACAAUUGUCACAACUGUUUUACCGGAAACUUCUUCUAUUUCUGGAAACAGUACAGAAGCCGGGAACUCAACAAGUACCCCAGUUUCAACCACCACUGGCGUCCAAUUUCCUUUCACAAUUCCAUCAGCUAUUACAAUGCCUACUGAAGGCAAUGAAACAAUCACAAGCUCUACGACAAUCCAAAUGACUUCAGUGACAGUUAAUGAGAAUCAAACAAUGACAACAGUGAUUGAAGUGAUCACUUCAACAAGCGCACCAACAUCCAAUUCAUCAAUGGAAACGACUUUGGAGGUGUCGAUUAGUUCGACAAUGAUAACUGAGAUUCCGACAAGUAUGGGUUCUACAACGGUUUUGUCUAGUGAUGAGACAUUAGCUCCAACAACUGCAAAUUCUGGUCCCACUUCUUCGACUAAUGGCACAGAAACCGGCAAUUCAACAACAGCUCCUGCUCCCACAACGACCGCUUUCAUCUUCCCGUUCACGAUCCCCUCUGCAAUAACAUUGGCCUCAGAUAAUGGGACAACUACAGGACUUGCCACAUCAAGUACCGGAGCAAUUGAUUCUACUGCUAAUACGGCAACAACAGGCAGUGCUGGAGUCAGCACCGAUCUCACAGCUACCACCUCAGCAACUACUGGAAGCGUUGAUCCAACAGCCACGACCGCUCCUCCAGCCUCGACUACCGCAACUGUAACCGGAACAAUACUGGCUAAUCCAACAGUUUCAACCAUUGCUUCAUUAGCUACCACAGCUGAAACUUCUGAACAAACGACUAUUGUCGAUCACACAGCCACCAUAACAGCUUUAACAACUGUUGAAGUCACAACUCAAUCAUCGACUACUGCCCCGGAGACGAGUCUCGAUCCUACUGCUACCACAAUGGCCACAACUGUUGGAGUCACUGAUCCAAGAGCUACGACUGUCCCUAUGACUGUCGUUGAUACAACUGCUACCACAGCCACAGCAGUGACAACUAUCGGAGGCACAACUACAGCUCCAUCUGCAACCACAGCUGCCGCUCAAAGCACGGUUGCUAUUGAUCCAACAGCUAGCACAGCUCCGCCAGCAUCCAUUGCUACCACUGGUCUCCCAAUUACAAUUAACACAGUGAUACCCAAUGGCUUUGUCUAUCCGGAUAAUUUCGUCGACUUGAAACGUGGCUACUCAUUCGGUCUCUCCAAACAUCUUUACAACACCGAUCCAACGUUUUUCGACCAAUUCAGCAACUUCAACACCAAUAUGCAGCCCUCACCCGGCUCCUUCCUUGCUCCGAGUUUCGCGAAUGGUAUCGCCGCUUGUCCGCAACUUGUCCCACUCUACUCGUGUCCGGAUGGAGUUAUGAACUAUCAGCUCUCAAGAUCGGACGAUGGUAGUUGUACAAUGAUUGGACAAGGUGUUUCAACUCUGGGAGCUUGUGGAGCCACUAUGUCGCUCUAUGAAUUGCAUAACAAGGUUUUCUCAGAUCACUUUUACACGAGUUUUCUUGAAGAAGCUCAGGCGGUGAAUGCGAACAAUUUGUGGUUUGCUGACACGCUUGGCGUGAAUCCUUUGAUCUACAUGUGGCCAAGAAUUCCGCAAUUC